AUGUUUCGAUUACAAUUAUUGUUACUUUUUUUUGCAGUAAGUAGUUUUUAUUUAGCCUUUGGUAGAGAAUCUUUUGUGCCUGAAUUAUUUGAUGAAGAUGUUAAUAGUAUUCAAGACUAUGUAUAUUUAGAUGAUAACACAAAUGACAAUGAAGAAGACGAGGAUGAAGAAAUGGCAUUAAAUAGAACACAAACUAAGAAAAAAUUGCCUCCAUGCAACGAAGAUAAACUUAUGCAAUAUCUAGCUGAAUUGCAAGCAAUUAAUCCAGAAAGUGUAGUCAAUUUGGCAAGCACCACUGCUGAUUUAGACCACUUGUGUAGACGCGUUCGGGUGAGUAUAGAUAACAUUGAAUUUUAUCUUCAAACUUGUGAACCACCUCAACAACAAGACUUGUAUAUGCAAUUAAUUCUUGGAGUUCGAUCCUUGCAUGGACAAUUAUGCGAAAAUCCACCUUUUCGAAAAGAAUUCGCAAAACAUGCAAUUUGCAUCAAGCAACUGCAUGACGAAUUUGAAGAAUGUGUAGGACCAGCUGAUUGGACCGAAAGCUCCGAUAAUGGAUAUGUUUGCAGUGCGUACAAAGACAUUAUAAACUGUUACUAUGUGAAAACAGCGAAAUUAUGUGGACAGGUUGCUGCUGACGAUAUGCGAAAGCUGGUUUUGGCAAUCGUAAAUAGCGUAAUUACGAUUCAAUGUGACGAUUUAAAUAUUCCUGAUGUAAAGGAUGCUAUGCCGGAAGAACUUGCAAUGACAUCAUCAUCAUGGGUGCCGAAUGAUAGUGAAAUAUAG